AUGAUCGGUUUAUUCAAUUCAACAUACAUGAACGUCAACUUGGCUAUCACAAUGACGUGUAUGGUUAAUUCGACAGCUGUUUCGAUGGAAGGUCAUGACACCGAAGAUAUCCUUGGGUCACUUCAGAACACCUCCUCUAUUAACUAUCCUUCUGUCGACACUUGCUCAACAAACAAAGAAGGUCGCAAAGUACUCGACUAUGGGGGCUCGCUGAUAUGGAAUCAUCGUGUUCAAAACUUGCUGUUCUCGGCCGCUUUCUGGGGUUCUAUCGCCACAAUUUUGCCCUCUAUCUUUUUGGUUCAACGAAUGAACAAGAAACUUGUCUUCAUGCUUUGUGUCCUGAAUAAGUCCUUCAUCUAUCCUUGUAUCAACACCAUCGUCGCCAACUGGUUCCCGAUAGAUGAAAGGAGUACUGCUGUAGCGCUUUUCACCACAGGGAACCAGGUAGCUCUCUUUAUCGGUAAUCCUCUUGCGGCCGGUCUAUGUGAUUCUAGCUACGGAUGGCCGGCUGUGUACUAUAUUUCUGGCCGUCCUGUUUGCCUACGACUUAUGACUGCUUAA